AUGCAGAACAAAAUCGAAAAGGUCGAGGGGGUGGUUGUUACAAGUUUUAAAGCACUAAAUGGAGUUAACGGACUUAUAGAAACAUAUUCUGCUGGUGGCAGUUUGGCUUCAAAAUUUGCUAAAACAAUGGAAUGUGUAAACGAGGUAGUUGCGCCUUUCAUACCUCUGGUAACUACGAUAACCACAUUAACGAAAGAAAUAGCAAAUGCAUAUGAGAAUGUUCAAUAUAAUAAAAAACUUGUGGAAUAUUGUCAAGGUUAUUAUCAAUCUUUUCAAAAAUUUGUAGUUUGUUUAGAAAAGAUUAAAGAAUUUUGUUAUGAUAUUUCUCAAUUAUCAAAAUUAAAAAAAUUUUUUACCAGUGGGAAUAUCAAAGAAAGUUUUCAAGAAAUUAUUAAAGAAUUUGAUGGUUGUUUAAUUGAUUUGAAUUUGGCAAUUUCAAUUACUUCAAAUGAAAAAAUGUGUAGAUAUUUGACGAUCUUACAUUGUGAUAUGAUUGAAAUGAAUAAAUUUUUAAAUGACAUUGGUAUUACAUCUAAAAACAAAGAGGUCAUCGAUGACAAUACCAAAACCCAUCAAGAAAUUAUUUCUAGAAUAACUAACGUUGAAGAACAAAAUAAGAUAAUUAUUGAUAAAAUCCUAGAGAACGAGAAAUCAUUUGAUUUCUCAUCAGUCAUUGAAGAAAUUAAUAAAAUUAAUGAACAAGUAAAUAACCAAAGUUCAACAAUUGAAAGAGUAAGACGAAUACCUCCUCAAGAGUUACAUGGCCCACCACAAUAUGUUACACGUAAGGGUAAUAGGGAAAUAAUCCGGAAAAAAAUUUAUAAAGCAAUGGAUGUUGCUUGUAAACCUAUUCUAACGAGUAAAAUCCAAAAUCAAAUCAAUAUUUUAGGACAAUUGAAUAUUUGCCCUUACAUUAUUCAAUUUCUUGGCCUAUCAAAGAUUGUUGACAAUAAUGUAAUGGUUUUUGAGUGGGCGGAAUACGGAACAUUAAAAGAGGUUUAUCUCUGUGAAAUUGGAUGGGUUACGAAGAUCUCUCUUGCUAGAGAUAUCUGUCGUGGCUUAGCAUUUUUACAUAGUGUGAAUAUACUUCACCACGACUUAAAGUUACAUUGGUUGGCUCCUGAAAAAUUAAAAUGUAUUCCUGCUGAACCAAAUUUUGAAGGCAAUAAAAAACCCGAACCAUAUGAAAAAAUGAACAUAUCAGAAAUUCAAAAACAUGUUUCAGAUGGGGGCAGAGAAGAAUUGGAUUUUGGAUCAUGCUCAAACUCUAUUCAAAAAGGAUAUUACUCCAUUAUUAAAAUUGCUUGGGUACAAGAACCAUCAUUACUUCCAGGAAUUCAAAAUCUUUUUAAUAUGUUACAGGAAUUAUAUGUAGCAAAUAAUGGUUUGUCGCCGUUAAAAUCAAUCACAAGUAAAAUAGUUAAAGAAUCAAAUGAUAUUUCAAAACCUGACAUUCACCAUUAUGGCUCUUACCCAUUAUCAAUUCCUUUUGAUGAAGGUUUAAAGGUUCAUGAAGCCGAAGAUUAUGAAAGAGCUUGGAAAUGUUUUGAAGAGCAUGCAAACAAUGGGCAUAGUGGAAGUACAUCAUAUAAAACAUGUAAUAAAGUCCUGAAAUUGAAUACUCAACUUGUUGCCGAGAGGUUAUUAACAAGUAUUAAUGCAAUAAAGGUUUGUCACGACAUUCAAAUGCAGUUUGAUAUUGAAUGCAAGGAAUGA